AAUAAAGCUUCAAUCUUCACACAAGAGAAAUGGCCACAGAAAAACUUGAGUCAAUCCCCGUCUGCCACGUGGUGGCCCUGCCUUAUCCCGGCAGAGGACACAUCAACCCCAUGAUGAACCUCUGUAAAUCACUGUCUUCAAAGAAACCCGACAACACCCUCGUCAUCACCUUCGUCAUCACGGAAGAGUGGCACGGCUUCAUCGAAUCCGACCCGAAACCCGACAACAUCGAGUUUGCGACGCUACCAAACGUCAUCCCCUCCGAGCUGGUCCGUGCUAACGACUUUCCGGCAUUCUUUGAGGCCGUGAACACAGCAUUGGAAGCUCCCUUCGAGCGGCUUCUGGAUGGGCUCGAGUCUGAGGCGCCUCCAGUGAGCGCCAUAGUUGCUGACUCUUUUGUUGACUGGGCCCUGAGGGUCGGGAACCGGAGGAAUAUUCCGGUGGCUUCACUGUGGACAAUGUCGGCGUCGGUGUUUACGCUUCUUCAAACUUCAUCUUCAAUCUCCAUAAAAAGAGAGAAAAUGGGAACACUAAAAGACAACCACAUCUCAGUCUGCCACGUGGUGGCGCUACCCUAUCCCGGCAGAGGCCACAUCAACCCCAUGAUGAACCUCUGCAAACUCCUAUCCUCAAAGAAACCCGACAACACACUCCUCAUCACCUUCGUCGUCACCGAGGAGUGGCACGGCUUCAUCGGAUCCGACCCAAAACCUGACAACAUCCGAUUCGCCACGCUACCAAACGCCAUCCCCUCCGAGCUCGUCCGAGCAAAAGACUUUCCUGGCUUCGUGGAAGCCGUGAGCACCAAGUUGGAAGCUCCGUUUGAGCAGCUUGUGGACCGGCUCGAGCCGCCGGUGAGCGCCAUAGUUGCUGAUCCGUACGUUGUUUGGGCUGUGAGGGUCGGGAACAGGAGGAAUAUUCCGGUGGCUGCGCUUUGGCCUAUGUCGGCGUCGGUGUUCUCAUUUUUCCAUCACUUUGAGCUCCUCAAACAGAACGGACACUUCCCUCUUGAUGUGACAGAGCGUGGAGAUGAGAUAGUAGACUAUAUCCCUGGACUUGGCACCACGUCCAUUGCAGACCUUCCCACAGUAUUCUCUGUAGACGGUCAAAAGGUCCUGGACAGAGCCAUUGAAGCUGUUUCUGGAGUAGCAGAUAAAGCACAAUAUCUUUUGUCCACUUCAGUCUACGAGCUUGAGCCUCAAGUCUUUGACACUUUGAAAGCCAAAUUUGCUUUCCCUGUCUACCCAAUUGGCCCAAGCAUACCUCACCUUGAGCUUUCAGAAAGUCCUCCCACUGAUCACAAUGACCUCAACAACUGGCUUGAUUCUCAACCUAAACACUCAGUCUUGUACAUCUCUCUGGGAAGCUUCCUCUCGGUUUCGAAAUCCCAAAUGGAUGAAAUUGUCGCUGGGGUGCGGAAUAGUGGUGUUAGGUUCUUGUGGGUGGCUCGUGGGGAUGCCUCUAAGUUGAAGGACGGCGUUGGUGAUAAGGGUUUGGUGGUGCCUUGGUGUGACCAAUUGAGGGUGUUGUGUCAUGAUUCUAUUGGUGGGUUUUGGUCACAUUGUGGUUGGAAUUCAACUUUGGAAGCUGUUUAUGCUGGUCUUCCAGUUCUCACUUGCCCUAUAUUUUGGGAUCAAAUGCCUGAUUCUAAGCAAAUUGUAGAAGAUUGGAAGAUUGGAUACAGGGUGCUGAAGAAGAAGGUGGGGGCUGCUGAACAUGAACAUUUGGUGACCAGAGAGGAGAUUGCAGAACUUGUGCAGAGGUUUAUGGAUCUUGAAAGCAAGGAGGGGAAAGAGAUGAGGAAAAGAGCGAAACAACUUCAGGAGACUUGUCACGGAGCAAUUGCUAAAGGUGGCUCAUCUGACAAGAACCUUGAUGCUUUUAUUGAGGAUAUUUCUCGAGGCCAUCACCACUAAUUAUAAGUUCAUGAUUUGUGUUGGGUUUUGUGGGAAUAAUAUAAUUAUUGAAGGGAUAUCAUUUCUAAUUUCUAUAUAGUUUGGUUGAAAAUACUGUGUAUGAAUUAUCAUUUCCAUUAUUUUUAUUUAUGGAAUCAAAUAUGUCUAUUCAAUAUAAAAGUUGGUGUUGUCCCA